AUGAACAGCCUCAACAUUGUCUCGAGGCUGACCACCACUCCUCCACCCUCGCCCCCGCGAUCGCGAACCAGCUCGUCCGCCAACGUAGAUACCAUCUCCAGCAGCAGCGAGAACGAGGGAAAUGGGACGUCGACAUUCGAUUUCGGAUCGCUGGAUGAAAAGCUGGGUUCGGUGAGCGAUAAGGACGUGAAGCAGGCAGCUGAUGACGAUGAACGGGACACGGCGCAAUACGUGGACGAGAAGACGCCUUUGUUGAGCAGCGGGAACGCUGGCGCAGAAAGAGAGGCGGCUGGCUCAGGUUGGCGACUACCUAGGCGCAUCGCGUCGGCUGUGUUCUACGGUGUCAAAGUGGUCUUCUCCACCAUUACCGCGCCUGGCCGAUACGUGAUCGCUUGCUUCUACGACGACCAGGGACACUUCUCCGCCAUCUUGCCGUUGAAGAACUUCAAGAACAUGUUUGGGCGUCGGAAGAAGUCAACAGCGCUGGCGGCAGGCGUGGCCGGAGAACAGGAGGGAUCAGAAAAGCUUAGACCGCAGAGGAAGGCCUCCAGCCGGCGCUCGCCAUCUGUUGAUAGCAACGCCUCGACAGCUACAGCGGGAUCGUCAGAUGGCGAAGCUGAGGACAGCCCUGCGCGGCAUACGCGAUCGAAGACGCUGGCAGCAGCGCAAGGUGACGACGUUGAAAAGAAGAAGAGCAUACGCAUCAAGGUGCACAAUGAGGAAGCAUUGCGGAAACGUAAGACUUCUAGGGCGAAGAAGGCGACCAACCCAGACGAUGUGGCAGUUGUUGCGUCUGCUUUGAAGUCGCCUUCGGCACCACUUGGCACAACGAAGCUCACGCGAUACCCACGCGCACCCGCCCCUCCUCGACCGUUGGUACCACGACGGCAACCCUCGUACACGCUAUCAUACUCCUCUGAGACACCGAAAAAGACCUUGAUCAUCGAUCUUGACGAAACACUGAUCCACUCUAUGGCUAAAGGGGGACGAAUGUCAACAGGGCACAUGGUUGAAGUACGGCUUGGUGGUCCAGUCUCUAGCUCUGGCGUUCAGAUCGGACCAGGCGUGCCUAUCCUAUACUACGUACACGAACGACCCGGGUGCCACGAUUUCUUGCGCAAGGUGUGCAAAUGGUACAACCUGAUAGUCUUCACAGCCUCAGUGCAGGAGUACGCCGACCCGGUCAUCGAUUGGCUCGAAAGAGAGAGGAAGUACUUUUCAGGACGAUACUACCGCCAACAUUGCACCUUUAGAAAUGGUGCGUAUAUCAAGGACCUGGCGCAGGUGGAACCGGAUUUGAGCAAGGUGAUGAUUUUGGAUAAUUCCCCCAUGAGCUAUAUCUUUCAUGAAGAUAAUGCGAUUCCCAUUGAAGGUUGGAUCAGCGACCCGACAGACAACGACCUCUUGCACCUCAUCCCUCUACUCGAGGGAUUGCAGUACGUGACAGAUGUGCGAGCUCUUCUCGCUCUGCGACAAGGUCAGGCGCAACAGGCUUGA